AUGUCGAACACGAUCGUCCUCAAGGUCGCGAUGAUGUGCGGAGGGUGCUCCGGCGCGGUCGAGCGCGUCCUCUCGAAGAUGGAGGGCGUGGACGCGUUCGACGUGAACCUCGAGACUCAGAAAGUCACGGUGAAGGGCUCGGUGACGCAGGAGGAGGUCAUCGAGAAGAUCGCGAAGACGGGCAAGGCGGUCGAGCCCUGGGCGGACUGA